AUGCCACUAGAAUCAAGAUGGGCAGAUGCCCCAGACGAGCCAGAAGUUCCACGUUCAAAAGAACAUCAAAAUAAUCACAAUACAAGCACUCGCAAAAACGUGAAGAGUCAUGGGGAAAAUCUAAAGAAGAAUACUAGUCAACAUAGUCGAACAAACAAAAAUCAGCAUAGCCAUAAAACGUCUUCUGGAAGAGACGAUAAAAAUGCGUAUCAUGGGAGUCGAGCUCAUUCAUCUGAAAAUAAAACCCCAUUAAGUCAAAACAAGCAAAUAAAAUCUUCUCAGAACAAAAGAAAUUAUGACAGUAGUGAGAAAUCGGCCAAGAAGGAUAAGAACUCAGUACCAAGUGGCACCAAACAGUUAAGUGACGAAAAUAAUAACAUCACUGCAGCAUCUAAAAUUGAUAUUUUAAAGAAAAAAAUCGAAGAACAAAGGCAGAUCUUUGAAGAAAAGAAACAUAAGGAACAACAGAAGCAAUUACUGGAGGAUUUUUUAAAUGACGACAGCACUUUCGACUGGGACGAUGAAGAUGAUGCUCAAAAAGACAUUACAUUAGCAAGUAACUUUGAUGAUAAGUUGACAAUAUAA